ACUGCUAGCUCCGCUCAGACGCUUCGCGGCACUCGCUUUUUCGGAUCGAAUACCUUCGCUAAUGUGGUAAAAUUAACUAGUUUGUUUGGAAAAAGCAAUACUGGUGGUGUUUUUGUUUGUGACGACAUUUUAAACGUGAGCUAGCAUGUCGAGCUACAGCCAACAUUGGACACAUUCUCCCUCGCCCAAAGCUAUCAAGGUCUGCCAGAAGCUGAUUUUUACAACCAGCGAUGGAGAAGAUGAGCCCAUCGACGACACCAACGAGUCUGGUUUCAAAGAGCAAGACUCUUUUGAAAACUAUCCUAAUGUCAGCAGUCUAAUGCGCGCCAGCUUGGACGAAUCGGCGAAGCUUUGGGAAGAGGAGGGCUUCGGGAGCCCGUCCCAUUUCUCCGGCGAGACCUCGGCUCUCUUGGCGGUCUGCGCCACCACGCCGAGAAAAGUCACCUCUCCGAUCCCCACCUGCCCCGACAAACCUGCACGCAAAACACAGAAAAAGAGCUUUGGGUCCAGCGCAAGGGGCUCACGCAGCGUGAGGUCCCUCUUCAAGGAUGUGGAGCCUGCAGCAAUGUCCAGCAGAGACAGCUUCACCAGAAGACAGUCCACACCCCUGGUCAACUUUAACCCCUUCACCCCUGACUCCAUGCUCGUCAAGUCAGCCACGCAGCAGCUCAACAGGAAGCGAAUGCACUGCAAUAUCUCAAGUGGUGAAGAUAUAGAGACAGGUGACGCUGAGGGAGACGAGGAAAUCCAACCACCAUCCAAGAGGAUUAGUAUUAGUAACACGAUAACUUCUCGCUACGACUCUGAGUUCUUGGAGCUGGAGAAGAUUGGUUGCGGUCAGUUUGGUGCCGUGUUCAAGUGCGUAAACAGACUGGACGGCUGCAUUUAUGCCAUCAAGCGCUCCAAGAAGCCUCUAGCCGGAGGAGUGGAAGAGCAGGACGCCCUGCGUGAGGUGUAUGCCCACGCCGUGCUGGGCCACAACUCCCACGUGGUGCGCUACUACUCUGCUUGGACUGAGGACGACCACAUGCUCAUCCAGAAUGAGUACUGCGAUGGCGGCACGCUGUCCGACGCCAUUGCCCAACAUAUCUCUAGCCUGACAGAGGUCGAACUCAAGGACCUCUUGCUGCAGGUCGCCAACGGCCUUAAGUAUAUCCACUCCAUGUCACUGGUGCACAUGGACAUCAAGCCAAGCAACAUCUUCCUCUGUUGCCAGUCUGUCAGGUGCUACGACAACCCAAACACCAGCGUGAUCUACAAGAUAGGGGAUCUGGGUCAUGUGACACGGACCAACAGCCCUCCGGCGGAGGAAGGCGACAGUCGAUAUUUGGCCAACGAAAUUCUCCAAAAUGAUUACACUGACCUGGCCAAGGCAGACAUCUUUUCCCUCGCUCUCACUGUCAUCAGCGCCUCAGGGGCAAAGCCUCUUCCCACCAAUGGAGAUAUGUGGCAUGAAAUCCGCCAUGGCAAACUGCCCACCAUCCCCCAAAUGCUCUCGCCAGAGUUUGUCAGCCUGCUUCAGCUUAUGAUCAACCCUAACCCGGCCAGACGACCUUCCAGCUGUGACCUCACUUGUCACCCGAUGCUCCUGAUGGCUGCCGAAAUGAGAGCGAGCUUCAGAAGGCUGAGCUGAAUAAAAUCCCUGCCGAGGACAGCAGCAGCACGCAGAGCUGCGCCACCAUAACCUGUGGACGCAUUGAGAAUAUGAGCCGCUGCAUCAAUCUGGUUUACUGGUAAAUGGAUUUUAAUUAUUUCAAAUUGAGUUUAAAAGUGAUACUGUGUAAUCAUUUUUAUUUAUACGCAGUGUUAUUUUGUACAUGUCUAUAAUGUGAGGUUAUUUUAUGAAUUUAUUUAUUGUAAGUCAAAUUUACCGAUUUACCACAGUUUGUUUUUUUCGUCUAUUUUUGCAGUACUUUUUGUUGGUUACUGUUUUGUAUGUGCUCCAGAAAGGCAUAAUUGAAAAAAAUAACAUUCAUUAUAUUUCUAAAUAUUUUUGUUGUUUGCAUUUGCAAAGAAAAGUACAAGUUUUAUUUUUGUAGUCUAUUUUUGCAGUGCUUUUUGUUGCUCACAUUUGCAAAGAAACCAAUUAUUUUGAUUAAUGGAUACUGCGCCAUGCUUUUUUUUUACUCUGAGAUGUUUCCUUUGUUUCCCCAACGUCAAUGUUGUUUGAGGUUUGCAGAAUAGUCAAAAAGUUGGUCAGGGUUGAACUGUAUGAUAGAGAAAGACAAA